AUGGAAAUUUUUACUGAUAACAAUGAUUAUCAUGGAGUUUAUAUUAUCACAUUCUGGGUAUUGGUAUCUGGAUUUGAAGUCAGGAAUGUAUCUUAUAAUUUAACAGUAAACAUAAGGCAUUAAUGCGUGCUAGAGUACAUAACAGAUUAGUAACCUAUACCUGAUUUAUUUUAUGAUAUUCUUCCUAGUAACACCGACCCUGUUUGA